AUUCACAGUUUUAUCCAUUUUGAUAUCCCGUGAUAUUAAGUUAUGAAUUGCUGUAGGUGUUAAAGCUUCUGGAUGAGAAAGAAGGUUAGCUUUCUUUUGUCUCUAGUGUCCUUUGUUAUGCUUGAGGUAUCGGAAUCAUUCUCGUCGCAUCUCCGUCUCUCGAUUCGGUUCUCUGUCCCACCACUCUCUCUCUCCUUCUCCUUCUUCACGAAUUGAUUAAGGAAGAACAUCUCUCUUCUCUACUACCCAAUCAUUCGUUUUUGUAGCCACUGAGAAUUUCCAAUUUUCAAUUUAUUUUCGCCGCCAUGAGUUCCGUUACCGAGAUCGUGUAUGAGCAGCAAGUGGCCGACGGUAUUCAGGAUAUGGCUCUUCAAGAUCAGGACAAAAAGAAGAUCCAGGAAGAGAUCCAUGAGCCAAGUUUCGGGAACCAUGGUGGCUGUUGUGCAAUAUGCUUGAAUGAAAUUCCUUUACAAGAAACUGCUAUGGUGAAAGGCUGUGAACAUACUUACUGUGUGACAUGCAUACUUCGUUGGGCGAGUUACAAAGAGAGUCCUACAUGCCCGCAAUGUAAGCAUCCAUUUGGUUUUCUGAGUGUCCAUCGGGCUCUUGAUGGCAGCAUUGAAGACUUUCUGUUUGAGGAGAGUGUGUGCCUUCUCCUGAGAGCCUCAUGGUUUAAACCUUUGGAUGUGGUGGAACAGGCAUCAUACAGCUAUGGUUACCAUGAUGAUUUCGACAUUCCUUGUGACUACGAGGAUGAAGAUGCUGACCUUGACGAGUUUUACAUGCACGGGUCAAGACUUCGCAUAGGAAACAGGAGAUGGGGUGACAAUGGUUUUGUGAGAUCCGGGCGUCAAGAAGCAAGGCCAGUCCAGAAACACAGUGGUUCUAGUUCCAGUUCCAGCUCCGGGUCAUCCUCAUGUGAGCCUAAAGAUAAGCAGGUGAAGAGUGCAAACACAACAGGAAGACGUGCAAAGAGGGCGAUGAAGCGGGAAGCUGCUAACAAAGCAGCGGAAGUAGCUUCAGCAGCAAAGCACGAGGCUCAUUUGGAGCUUCUGGUUACAUCGCCUCGUGGCUCGUUCAGUUCCUCCUUAGCCGUGGCUACACCGUUAAGGCAUCCGUCCGAGACCCCAGCUGAACUUGUUGAUCCUGCUGUCAAGGGGACACUUAACGUUUUGAACUCGUGCACCAAAUCAUCUUCCGUCAAAAGGGUUGUUGUUACCUCCUCCAUGGCAGCCGUUGCUUACAACGGAAAACCACGUACACCUGAUGUAACCGUCGAUGAAACUUGGUUCUCUGAUCCUGAGCUUUGCGAGUCCACAAAGAUGUGGUAUGUUCUAUCGAAGACAUUGGCGGAAGAUGCUGCUUGGAAAUUCGCUAAAGAGAAAGGCUUAGACAUUGUUACUAUUAACCCGGCAAUGGUGAUCGGUCCUCUCCUACAGCCAACUCUCAACACCAGUGCUGCUGCUAUACUAAACUUUAUAAAUGGUGCAAAGACUUUCGCCAACGCGAGUUUCGGAUGGGUUAAUGUAAAAGAUGUAGCCAAUGCGCACAUCCAAGCAUUCGAGAUCCCUUCUGCUAACGGACGUCAUUGUAUGGUCGAGAAAGUCGCUCACCACUCUGAAGUCGUUAAUACUAUCCGUGAGCUUUACCCAAAUCUCCAACUACCUGAAAGGUGUGCGGAUGAGAAUCCUUACGUACCGACGUAUCAAGUGUCAAAUGAGAAAACGAAGAGCCUUGGAAUAGACUACAUUCCCUUGAAGGUUAGCAUCAAGGAGACCGUCGAGUCCUUGAGAGAGAAAGGUUUUAUUGACUUCUGA